UUUCCUCUUUUAAAAGUCACUUUCUUUAUUCUUUCAUUAUAGGAUGAAAUUGCACUAAAAAAUCUAAAAGUAUGUCAAAAUUAUAGCAAUAAAAAGCAUGGAAAAAAAUUAAAUUAUCAAAAAUAUUUACUUUUUUAUUUCUCAAAUCAUGUCAAGGACGAAAUAGAAACAUAACAUUAUAACGUCUUCACAAGAAAUUACAUGUAAAAUAUUUGAAGACAAUAGUAUUUAAAAAUGCGCGACGUCCCGGAGUGUUUGAGCCGCCGUUACCGAGCGCUGGACGAGCUCAUCAAAGAUUUAACUAGAUCAGCCCAAGGGUCGCACCCGGAAGCACCUGGCAAUUCCGAUGCUGGCAUACAACUAUUGUGCGACUUCUGGAACAUUCUCAAGGAAGAUCCUGAUUACGAUUUAGUAAAUGCUAUACAGCAGAGGUUAGGUCUGGUAGAGAUGGCGGGGGAUGACCGCGCGUUUCGUCCAGAGAACAUCACCUGCUACAUGGCUGGCAAGUGUUGUAAAAAGGACGAUGGCGAUGACCAGAGACGGGAGACUAUAAAUAAGAUUAGAAAAAUAUGCAGCAGCGGUAGUGAUAACCCGAAGUGCUGCGCGUCGAAGUCUGUCUCGCCGAGUGGCGGCAGUGACGUACUGCCUCUGAGCAAGGUCCUUUGUAACUUGAAGGAGGCGGCAUCCUUCGACAAGAAAUGCAACGCCAGGAUCAAAGAAUUAAUGGAUACACAGAACGUGCUUCAAGAUCAGAUCCAACAUCUGGAGCACAGGGAAAAGGAAGGGGUGCAGUUGCUCAAACAGGCCGACUGCAUGUGGACAUGCAUGGAGGACACUUAUAAUAAGAAGAUUAACGAAUCUUUGGAACGGCAGAAGACGUUAAUGCAACAACUAAAAGAAGUGGAAGCAAGUACAGCGAAAUGGCGUAAAAACAAGAAAGAUUUAGAACUACAGCUGGUCAGUAUAGGUAAGUGCCACGAAGAGAUAAAGGACAAAAUCAAUCAAAAGAACAGUGACCUCAAGUGCAUGGAUGUUGAGAUUGAGGACUUCAAGAAGAGGAUUGAAAAUAACAAGAAGGACAUGGACGCUGUCAAGAAAUCGUUUGGUACCAAGAAGCAGGCUUCUGAGGCGAAAAUAGCUAAAAUAGCCACGGAAAUUUCGAGACUUCAGAAAGUAGUUAUAGAAGAACGGAAAUACAAGAGCGACAAAGAACAGGAGGGAGCGCAGUACGUGCAGGAAGCGAGGGAAGAACUGCAGAAAAUAUGCAAAGUGUUACUGAAGAAGAAAAUAGAAAACGAAGAUCUCAGAGCAGAGAAAGAAGCCCUAAAUUUUGAAUUGGACGUAUUAAAACAAACAUGCGAUCAGUGCAGAGAUAAGUGCAAAAAUAGACAGCAAGAAAUAUCCAAUGAAAUCGCUAAAGUAGACAAACAAAUCAAAGAGUUCAAAGUGAGAUGUAUUAGAUGCCACGAAUGUACUGAUACUAUGGAUAUUAGGAAAUGCUGUACAGACUGUCCCAGAUGUAUUCAAGAGAGGGAUUGUAUACUUGAGAAGGAUCACUGUUCCCCUGAUCAUACCAUGGAUUGCGUUUGUACGACCGUCAAGCAGAAGUUUCUAGAUAAUGUGUUUGAUAAUAUGUAUACUGUGUUAGAAAAACAAAUUAAGACGCGUCCGGGAAAGGCGGUGGCCGAUGUUGUGUUGAAUUGCUUGAAGAAAAGCAGGAAUGGCAAGUUGGAUACGGAGACCAGGAACAUACUCCAAGAGUUCAUAUUGACGACGGUUAAAAAGAAUUUGAACUUAACGAUUGUCGGUGGAGCUGUCAAGACUCGAUGCGAGAUGGAUCCAGAGAUGUAUAAGCAGCUCAUGCUUUGUUUGAAACAAGUAAAAGUCGUUAAACCACCUAAAGAGGAUAAGGCAACUCCAGCAAAGAAGGAUUCGUGUGGUCGCUGGGGUGGUGUCAGCGAAUGCAAUUGUCCUAAAGGUCCUAAGGCAUGUAUAUGUCUGAAGAAAGCACCGCCACCACCUCAAGAACCUUCACCUUGUCCGCCGCCAACCCAAGACAAGGAGGAUGAGGGUGUGGUGAUAAAGUGUCCACACAGAGAGACAGCAGCAUGCGGUGCUGAUUGCGCGAUGCAUGCAGUGCCAAGCCAUGUGGGCGCUGACAUUGCAGCGUGGAGACCAGACCCUUGCAGGGAGCAGUCGUGCCGCUUCUCCAAGAACAUGAGGGCGGCUCAGUGUGUUCUGGGGCCGGAGUCGCUGGUGUCCCUUCCCAAGGGGUAUAAGAGUACGGUACCUCAAGUACCCGAUUUCCAGGAUUUGGAUGAGUUGAUGACAUGCAAAUGUGGACGAGCCACAACAAAACCAUGCAACUGUCAAGAUUCAAAACAACUGAAAGCAGGAAUAAUCAAGCCAUGUGAUAAGGUUACAUGCGGAUCUUUAUGGGAUGAAGCCAAAGAGAAAGCAAAUAGAAGUUACUCCCAAAUAGAAAAAGAAAUAGGAAAAGAGAUUUAUAGUGAAAUUAGCGUGGCAGAAAAAUUUAAGAAAGUGCCCAGCGUUCAAACUGAUGUUUUUUCUGAAGCUCAAAGACAUUUAAGUUCCGAAAUUAGUUUACCGGCGAAAUCGUAUGAUAGCAAAAACGUAACAUUCGGUAAAGAUAUAAAGGAAGAAAACCCGAAGGAGCGUUUUAAAGUAAUCUUUGGUGACGAUGACCACACAAGUAAUCUAUUCACCGAGUUAAAAACUACCGAAUCAGGGAAAUUGGCCUUAGAACUAGAUGAAAAAGUGAUUGCACUGAUUGAAGAGAAGUGUGCAGAAAAUCCAAAUCUCUUUGUAACCCUGACUGAAACUGAUUCUGGGCAUAAUAUUAUUGAUUUUAGCCCGGACGAAAAUGUAUUGGACAAAAGGCAAAGAAUAGCAAUAAAGAAGACACCUUCUGGCACUAGAUAUUUAGAAGUUCAAAAAGGAUUCGUAAAUAAAUUCAAGCAAAAUGAUAUAGAUAUCAAUAAUAUAAUGAAUACUAAUACAAAUUCCUCUGAAAAACCGGAAAAGAAUAUAUGCGAAGCGGCAUGUGAUUGUAAAGAUCAUUUAGGAACAAAUGGAAAUAUUCCUAAAAUAUCUGAUGAUAGUAAUGUAACAGAUCAUAAGAGUUGUUUACCAGAAUUACAACGCCUUUGGAACGAGGGUAAAAAGGAUAUUAUGUUGAAAGUAAUGGGGCGAAAUGGUGUACGUAAAGAAAUAAAAGCAACAUUGAUUGAAAAUUCACCUGGCGUUAUAGCUAUUGAUGUGAGUAAUAUUUCAACGUUUGGGGAUGUAACAUUUAAAACAGGAGAGUGUCCUGCUUUAUUGACACCAACAGGAUCGGGUACAUUAUUAUUACAAAUAAGUCACGAAGAUCAUUAUAAUGUAUCACUCAGACGGUCUACGGUUGGUGGCAUUAUAUUAGUCGCUAAUGACUCCAUUUUGAAAGUCGCAGAACCUACUCAUUAUGCACAUGAAAUCAAAACAAAAAAUGAAUUCUUUAGGGUAAAAGUAAAGAGCCCUAACAAACUCGUGGAAGAUCCUCCUGCCGUAUUAAAAAUAACACCAUCUCAUAACUAUAAAUUGGUUUUGGACAAGGAAUACGAAAAAACAUUCAAGCAAACUAUAGACGAAUGCAUAGGAGAUGAUUAUGAAUGUUUCGUAGAGCUUGAUGAAACUAUGUCUGGCAACUUUAUGGUUAUUCUUGACGAUAAUGAUUUAUCGGAUAAUGAGCCUAAUGCAUUAUUGACUAAAUCACCGUCAGGACAUAUUAAAAUGCUCGUAAAUGAUCCGAUAUUUGAAUCUGCUGAUAGUAUUUCACCAAAGGAUACCUCAUCAUCAAAGGUUUUUGGUCAACUCUUAGACAAAUUACCACCAUCUAGCCGGCAAACAAAAACGGCCAAUAUGAAAGAAACUACACUCAACGAUACGAAAUCUUGCAGUGACUCACAUUUAUACGACAAAGUUAAGAUGAAACUACCAGACCAGAAAGACUUGCUGGAGCCUUCAGCUACUCUUACAAGAACCGCAUCCGGACAAUACGCAGUGGUUUUAAAUAAAGAAUCCAAGAAGGAUUUUGUAAAUCGCUUGAGAAAUUAUUUGAGUGGCUCUCAAGGCUUGAUUCCUAUUAAAAGAACAAUAUCUGGCGAAAUAACUAUUGCUUUGAAUAGCGAUGGCGAAAACAAUUGUGGUUAUGGAUCGCUGAAAAUAACUCCAUCGGGAAACAUAUACAUUACGGUUGAUGAAAAAGUAAUCGAGGGAAUGGUUAAAAAUGUAAAAAGUACCGAAAUUUCAAAUCUUGGUGAUGAGCUGUCGAAACAUAUCAUUGAAUCUAUAAAAAGUCCAGUGAACAAAUCAGUGACCACAACCUGCAACGCAAAGCCAGAAACCUGUUCUUGCGACGAAACGAAAUGUGUGUGUAAAGAAUUACAAUUAGACAGGUGGUUACAAGGUGCAUCAAAAUGCAGUGGUUCAUAUUUGAAAUUUGGGAAUUGCGCAGAUUUGACGAAGGAAAGAAAAAAUUCGUGUGGUGGUUACAAGAUUUGCGAUCCGCAGAAAUGCAAGGAACCGUGUUGUGCUGGUAGCAAAUCAGGAGGUUCUGCUAAGUCCCCCCAUAUUGUAAUAAAACCUUGUGACUGCCGCCCGAUAUUACCCAAAAACCCAAGAUCUGAAGAGUGUUGUUACGUUGUCGAAGCUAUAUGUCCAUAUCAUAUUGAUAAAUACGAAACAGUUCCCAAUGAAUUGUUGGAUAUCUCAAGCCUAUGUAACAAAUCAGAAAAAAAUUAUCAUGCGCUUAUUGGCUCGAAAAUUAAAACAAAAGAUAAUGCAGUAAAGGAUCGUAGUUGGGACUCUUUGAAUUACCUUCCACCACAGCUACCUCACUUUUUACAAGAUGUAAAUUUUCGAUAAUGUUCUAUUAAAAUCUAUUUUGUUGUACGCUUCAGUAUUAGUAAACAUCUAUCACAAUAUGUUCUAUAAUAAAAAUAUAAUAUCGUUAGCCUAA